AUGGCCGAAUUAAAACCGUACAAAGGCAACUAUUACCUCUGGGAAUAUGUCCCGUCGAAACCAGCCGGCCUCGUCUUCGCCAUCCUCUACGCUCUGGCGACCGUCGUCAUCGUAUGGCGCAUCGUCCGGACGAAAACCCUGUUCAGCAUCGCCUUUGCCGUUGGCGGGAUCUUCGAGACCUUGGGUUACGCUGUCCGAGCCAUCGCCGAAGACAAGACCGAUCAGCUCGGCAUAUACAUUAUGCAAUCAAUCCUCAUCCUCGUCGCGCCCGCCCUCUUCGCCGCCUCCUUGUACAUGGUUCUCGGCCGGCUGAUGCGUAGCAUCCACGGCGAGCGACAUUCCCUCAUCCCCAUCAAGUGGCUGACGCGAGCCUUCGUCAUCGGCGACAUCUUCUCCUUUUUGGUCCAGAGCACCGGCGGCGGGCUCAUGGGCACCAGCGGCUUCGACCCCAAGACGGGACAGAAUAUCAUCCUCGCCGGUCUCUUCAUCCAGAUCGCCAUGUUUGGCCUGUUCAUCGUCACCUCGGCCGUCUUCGACGUCCGCAUGCGGAGGUGGCCGAGCCGGGCCUCGUUGGAGAGCGGCCGCCGAUGGAAGAACAUCAUGGCCAUGCUCUACACCACAAGCGCCCUGAUCAUGCUGCGCUCCGUUUUCCGUGUCAUCGAGUACGUCAUGGGCAAGGAAGGCUACCUGCUGAAGAACGAGUGGACGCUCUACGUGUUCGACGCCGUGCCUAUACUCCUCGUCAUGAUUCUGUACGCCGUCAUCUAUCCUGGCGAGCUCAGAGCGUCCAACCUCAACAAGCCGCGAGACAUGGAUGAGUUGGAGUCCGAUUCGGUGAACACGACUGGCGAUCUGGAGCAUGGCGGCAGAGAGAUGAAGUAG